CUGACUUCUGCAAUGUUAAACCUAUAAGCAAGAAAUUUUUGGAAAUACUCUAUGUUGUUAGAGGAAUGAAGGUAAAAAAAGUUAUAUAACGGUUUUUUAGGAUUUUACUACUUGAAGCUAAAUAAAUUGUAACAAAUUGGUUUGAGCUAUUGAAUUAUUGAAGGAUAUCUCAUUUAUUUGGCAAUGAUGAAUCCUGAAGACGAUGAAUUAUAUUUGCAGAGUAUUUCAAGAGAAUUUUCAUGGGAGAAAAGAUGUAAACGUGUCAAAAGAUUUCUUUACGAUGAACAAUUUUGUAAGCAUGUACCCAUCGAGAAAUUAGUCAAUUGCACCGGAGACAUCUUGGACUUAAAAGCGAGAGAUGAUUUAAAAUAUUUGGUUAUUUAUCUUUGGAUUCGUGUUACGGAAUCUCAGGGUGAUAUUACUGCUUAUGAGCGUGAAUUACUUUUCAAAAAAAUAUCCAAACUAUCAAAUGUGGAAGAUUAUCCGAAGGGAAUUGAAGCACUGAUUACAACUACUUCUCAGGGUGAAAAAAUAGAAAGCUAUUCAAAUGAUAUCUUGAAGCUUCUUUCCGAAUGGAUCACUACUAUGUUUGAAAGACUCGAUGUUUUACGAUCUCACAACCGAAGUUCUUUCAGGACAAGUUUUGAGCUAAGGAGUCUUACUCAUUGCUUUCAUCAGACAAUGCUUCUUUUAACUAAUAUGAUUCGGGUGAAAUUCCAUGUUUUUGACGAAAUGGCCGUUUCUUCUAUGCUGGCAAAUUGUAUUUGGAUUUGUAAAAAUACGACUGAUGUACAAGAUAUUGAGCUUGUUUUUUCGCUUCUUAACUGCCUAAUUAGCCAUGGAUCGAUAUCUUCUUCUGUCUUAUUUGCCGUGAUUGAAAUGCUUUGCCGAGCAAAAUUUGGAUUAACUGCCAACUCAAGGUCUGCUCAGCAAAUUAUCGAUAAACUUUUGAAAUCUACAAAAAAAUAUGAGACCGUUUCUUGUCUGAGAAAAGUAUUAGAAAGCUCAAAUGACAGCUCACUGAUUGCUCAGAUGGGUGCAGUCAAAGUAUUAUGCAACAUUUUAGUUGAUCCUCCAAGAUUUGUAUACUGUACUCGUGGUAUGCUACUUGAAUUUAUGCUUCAAGCUUUAGACCAACGGUCAAGCAGGUUAGCUCUUGAAAUGUCUCGCUCCUUAUACAAUGCUUUAGAGCACCGUUCGUUUUUUGAACUCCUUUAUAUUGAUGAAUGGAUGACUUUACUCGAUAUUUUAAUAAAAAUAUCUUCUUCUUUACCAAAGUCAUCAAACUAUGAAGAAAAUAUUUGGAAACACAGUGAACCGAAUAUUAUCGAAUCGGUUAAGACUUAUCAGCUCAAGAAUAUUAAUUUAAUAGAAGAUUUCUUUCAAGAUUUUAUGAGUAAUGUUUUAUUGGAUAAAUUCUUUGAGCUCUUGAAGGUAAAUUCUUUCUAUCUGUCGGAUGGACUUCGUAAAAAAAUGCUCUCAGUACUACACGAAAGAGCUCAAACGCCUUACUUAAGUACUUGGUUUGAUGACCAAAAGCUAAUUGUCGAUAUAUAUUCGAACUUUGACCUUUCUUAUGAAAUGCGUGUUUCGUUAUUGCCUUCUUUUCGUAAUUUUUUACGUUCUUCUCCUAUUCAGCACCGCUCUUCCGUUUUCAGGACAGUACUUUUUCCCUUAAUUAACUCUCUAAAUCGAUACCAUGCAAAGGAGCUAACUGAAAAAAUAUUCAGGUUAAUAUGUGACUUAUCAGGUCUAUAUCCGCCAGAUAUUUUUUAUGAAGUAAAUAAUUUGCUAAGAAGUUUCGCACACAACAAUGAUAAGGGUCCAGUUCAGCUUGCUGCGAUUCAAGCUAUCUCAAGCAUGGCUUUUUACUAUGUUAUGUUACCGGAAUUUAAGUCAAUCUUAUAUGAAGAGUUAGUUUUUAUUAUAAGAAAUUUAAAGAUUCGACGCGUUUAUCGAGUCGCUCCGUUACAGAUGCUCUUACAACUACGAAUUAAUUCGAAUGGAUAUUGCUUUUUGAAUGUUUCGCCGACUUGCCAAGCACUCUUAUCGAAAUACGAAGACCAGUGGUAUAACCCUUUUAUAUCCGACGAAGCGCUAAAGUGCCGUGAUAACAAAGUGAGAUUUCGAGAUUUGUCAUUUGCCGCUGUUUUUCAACGGUUUCCUUUGAAAGCCAACACGAAAUCCAAAACAUCAAAGGGUCUAAUUAAAAUCCCCAUUGAAGAAUGGGUUUCAGCCAUAGUGCAUCUUGUUUUACACGAAAGCGAUCCAGAUAUUGUUGAGUAUCUUCUUAUUAAUUUUACUAAUCAACUCAGAAGCUCAUCGAUGUUUUUCAAUUCUCCCAAUGCAUUAAAAAAAAUCCUACAAUUCUUGUUGAAUAUUACGACAGGUAAAUAUACUUCUACUUUUAACUCUCUUCCAGGUAGUAGAAAGGAAAGGUUUUUGGUUCUUCUAUCGAAAGUCUUGUCUGUUUUAAUGGUGUAUAAAGACGCCUUUCCUGAAAGUUGCCAUGAACAAUUCUUUCAGUUAUUAAAUUAUUUCCUUGAAAAAGGAGAGAAAACAACGGAGUCUUGCAUUGAUAUUCUGAUUAUCAAUUGCUAUGCAAUGCAUUCUUUUUCAGUUGUCUAUAUGCCCAAGUUUUUCUCUUUGAUUAUGACUUCCAAUAUCAGUGAACGAAGUCUCGUAAAUUUUUUACGCUUACUCCACGUAGUGAGUAAUAACCCUGUGCUUACGGAUGGUUUAAACGCCGAAACCAUUCAAAAAAUCUGUCUUUUUUGCUUAAGUAUAAUACGCUCGCGAACGGAUGAACUUGAUAAACAAAAAGGCUUGGUCAACCCCAAUGCUAAAGUAUUUAGUCUUUACCUGAUUUCGUUUUCGUAUUACAUUAUUUCAAACAUCUUUCUAUCAUGUCCGUUGUCGGACAGACCUUCAUUAGUUUCAUUUUUGUUGAGUGAAUUUUUAAGGAACAGAAAGUCUGUACCAUUCGAAGGAUAUGAAAAUGUUUUCUAUGAAUUAUUACUUCGGUUUACCUACUCUGAUGAAAGAUUGGAAAAUUACAACAGGGACAAAGAGUUUUUAUUUGAUAAAUAUUCAAAGACUUGGAUUUAUAGAGGUUGCGUGAUAACCAUAAAUGCUCAGUAUGAAAUUGGGGAUUUCGAGAUGACUAUUCGAAGAAUGUCAGGUACAACAAUAUAUCGUUUGCACGCCAAUACACCCGACUAUGAUAUAAUGAAACAUGGCAUUAAAGAAAAAGUUGUUAGCAGUGAAAUAAGACAGAUGCAUCUUUUAGAGCAGUCUACAAGUCAUAUAUUCAUGGAAACUAUUUUAGCUCCAUUGGAUAACGAGGAAGAAGAACCAGUGUUGGUCCAACCAAAUGCACAUGCAGCAGAACUAAUACAAUAUUUGGAUGCUACUCACAUACGGCCUGUUAUUAACAUUGCUGUUGUUCUUCAAACAGACGAGUAUGCCGGUGAUAUAAACACAACUGUCGGGUGGCAGUUGUUUUACCGUUUGCUAGAAAGCUUUGGAGUAGAAAAGAAAUUAAAGACUGGAGAAAUUGUAUAUGUGUGGACGAGUAAAACGAUAGAAAUUGUUUUUCGACAUGUUAAGGAUCCUGAAAGAGAUACGGAGAGAGUUUUUUUCAGCGGUAUGGUUUUAAUUGCUUCUGAUGAUUUAGUCGAGUCUUCUACAAUGGAUUGGGAAUCUUUUAAUGUUCCUGUUAUCAUCAAGCUAUCACUUGAUUCACAUUUGGAUGCUUUGAAGAUGUUUGAUACGUUAUUUCAUACACGGUUAGAAAUCAUCACAACAGACGUGGAUAUAUCUCACCAGGGAUAUUGGAAGUUGGAUCAAACCGUUUCCGUUUCAUCUAUACCACCUUUACUUCACUCCUUUUUAGCUGAUAUUGGGUUAUAUCAGCAAUUAUUUGAAAAUUUCGCCUACGUACAUCCCUGGCUUUUGCGACAACAAUUUAUCGACGAAUUGAAUGCGAUGAACCAGAAGCAAGCUUUAAUAAAUCCAUCACGAAGGGAUUUGAAAAGUAGGACGUUUGAUUUUACACUUUUCCUUUGAAAAGCAUAUUUUCAGUGUACUUCUAAAAAAUAGAUUAACUUGGGUUCUAUCCCAUUUCUACGACUGUACGAUGACAAAUUUUAUCUAUUGGACUGUGAAUUACAUGUCGAUAAUCAGGCACUUAUAUGUUGUUUUUAAUGAUUUUCUUUUUUUAAUUAUGUUCGAAUUAGCAACACAACAACUAGCGGUAUAAUAUACGAAACACUUUUUCAUAUAUACAUUACAGGCUUAUACUUGAGGAAUCAGAACGGAUUUAAUUCUUAUUUAAUUUAGAGAAGUUUCAAACCGGUCUACUAUUUGAAACGUUCAAGGCGAAAGGCAACUGGGUCGAGCAUGCAUCGUCCUAUUUUCGGUGUAUUUUUAUCCAUCUAGCAAGUACCAAUGGUUUUAUAAUUACUUUAGAGACUCUAUUUGUCAAUUUUACUCAUAAAAUAUUCGAUUGUUUUAGUUAUUCAGCCCUGAAAAUAACCUUAUUACAAUUAUUUCCUUA